AUGGGAUCCUGUCUCUCACUCUCUUCAGGCCCCUCCCCAAAACCCAGCAAAUUCACAUCCACCGCUUUCGGCCGCUCAGCAUACACCCAAAUUGAAAAACAAGAAAAACAAGAAAAACAAGAAAUAGAAAAAGAAAAACUUAAAAAAUCACUACUAAUCCAUGAAGAGGAUUAUUACUCAGAUGAAGAAGAUGUGGGAUUUAUAGAUGUCCCUGCGAGGAAAUGCGGGUUGAGUAAAGGAACAUUGGGGAUGGAGAAAGAUGGGAAAAUAGAGGAACUAGAUCUCCUGUUAAAUAAAUCUCUACCCCCACUUCCAGAAGAUGGAGAUGAACCGCCUUUUGAAGGCAUGGUUAGGGUGUGCUGUGAGGAGGGGAAGGGGCGGUGGAUGUGGCCCAGGGGAAUGGGUGUGCCGGUUGUGGUUAGUGGAGAUUAUAGGAGGUGGAGGGAGCAGAGGGAUGAGAGGGUUGGGGGGGGUGAAGGGUUGAGGUUUUGA